AUGUCAAGAUCACAGUUUGAGCUUGCAAAGUUCACUUUCUACUUAAUGACGCCAAUUUCCAUUAUGUACUAUGUUGGUAUUGAUACCGAUAGAAAAUUCAAUAUUCCAGGAUUCUGGCCCGAUCCUGAUACUUUGAAUAAAAUACCCAAGGAGCCUUAUGAGAUACAAGCAGAGUUGGCCAGAAUUAGAGCUGCUAAGACUGAGAAGAGAAAAAGACUAGAAGCCAAAGCUUUGGAGCUUGGCAUCACUCCUGAUAAUGUUCAGUCUGAAGAUAAUUCUGAUAAGCAUUGA